AUGUUCAGGAACUUAGCAGUAAGAGUCAGAUCACCCAUCUCGAUAGGAGAAGUAAGAGGCUUACAUAGCAGUUGUACUGUUUGGGCUGGACAUUCUAAAUGGGCAAAUAUUAGACAUGAUAAAGCUAAGAAUGAUGCUAAAAGAUCCAAAGAUGCAGCUGCUAUAGCAUCUAGGAUUGUGACAUGUGUUAAACAAGGUGGUGUUGAUGGAAAUGCAGCUUUAGAAACAUUAAUUGAAAAGGCAAAGAAGUUAAAUGUUACUAGAAAAAUCGUUGAUAAUGCUAUAAAGAGAGGAACAGGUGAAAUUUCAUAUGAUGGACCAUCUAUGGCAGAUGUUCAAUAUGAAUUUGUUGGGCCAGGUGGUGUAUCUAUUAUUAUUAAUGCUACUACUGAUAAUAAGGCACGUACUGUUAUGUUAUGUAAGAAUGCAAUGGGUAAAUUCACGGCUUCAUUAAGUCCAUGUUUAUACUUAUUUCAAAAGAAAGGAGAAAUCAUAUUUGAACCAUUAAAUAAAGAUGAAACUGUUGAUGAUGUAUUAGAAGUAGCUAUUGAUAUAGGAGCAGAAGAUGUAGAAGAUUUUAAAGAUUCUGAAGAUGAAUAUAAUGGAGAAAGAUUAUUUAGAAUCUUAACUGAACCAACUGAACUUUUUACUGUUACAAAUGCAUUAAAGGAUAGAGGAUAUAAAUUAAAAGAUGCAUCAACCAAAUUAAUUGCUGAUGCAGAUAAUGAAGUACCAUUCCCUGAAGAAUAUGCAAAGGGAUUUAAUCGAGCCAUGAAUGAAUUGGAUGAAAUAGCAGAAGUUACUGAAUUUUUUACUAAUAUUAAAGAAGAAUAG